AUUUUGUAUCGAUAUCGUAACGUGUAUUGAGACCUUCGUAGAAACGUGAACACAGCUUUUCCGGCUUUCGAUCUCGACGGCUUCGCAUUAAUUUGUUUAUUUCAAUUUUUCGUUGCUAUUAGAAGUGUCCCCCAUAAAAGCAAUAAGAAAAGAAGUGCAAGUGUGUGCGUGUGUAACUCGAAGCCUGCAAGCGGAACGUUGGAAUCAAGACACAUACAUACAUUGUAUGUACGAUUCGAGGCAAUUUUUCAUUAUUCGAUUUCGUAGGGAAAACUUACUUUCAACUGAUCGGAAAGAUGAUGCCCCGUCAGAUGGUCCAAUGGCGGAUCUACGUGUACGCCAAUUCUUUGUACUCCAUGCCAGAACGAGAGGUACGAUCUUAUCGUGAUUGGUCCCCGGUGACUUUCAAACAUGGCUCCUAUGAUGUCCAUCGGGUGCUGAACUGGGUCAACCGUGACAUUUCCGUCCUGCUGCACGUGAAAAGCGAAAUCUUCGCUGUCUUCGAAAUCAUCCUGGACAUGCUGCCGGAGAUAAGCAUGGCCAGUGACCUGUUCAAGGAGGCGCUGGUCAAGCACCUAGGGACCAAGACUAAUCACUUUAUCCACGAACUGAUCAAUUUUGCCCGGUCGCCGUACGAGGACAUUAUCGCCUACGAGUGCAGUGUCCAGUACAAGGCCCUGCAGGAGGACGACUUCGACGGGCCGAGCACCUCGGCGGAGGCACGGCGCCAGGGCCAGUUCACGUCGCCGGUCUUGCAUAGCUUUGUCGAGUUCUCGCGUCGCAUCAAUCCGGAUGAUUGCGGCGGCUUCGAGGCGGAUCUCCUGAUGGAGGACGAGGAUGCUGAGGAGCUGAAUGAUCUUAUACUCGAGCGCAAGGACGUUUCGCUGAUGAUGCUGGCCUUGGAGGAAGGUUUCCCCAGCCGAAGCUUUGCACGCCAAUUGGCGGCCUGGUUGCCAUCGGGACAUCCGGUAGUGGCCUCGGCAACGGAAGCAGCGGCGGCGGCGGCGGCGGCUUCGACUUCAGCUGCCCCUUCGGUGGUGGCCGCAUCUACGACGGCGACGGCGACCCCGACUUCGGCUUCGGGAUCUCAGCAGCAGCAGCAGCAGCAGCAGCCGCCGCAGCAGUCCACUUCGGAACAGCCACCAUUGCCGGCCGGGACAGGCGUCAGUAGUACAUCGGCCUCUGCUGCGUUUGCGAAUUUCGAGCUCCAGAUGGCCAUUGAGCGCAGCAUGAGGGAGGACGGAUUCCGAUUCUCCAAUGAGUGGGCAAUGCCUCCUCCAAGCGGUGGACGUUCGGUGCCAAUAUCCAAUCGUCAAAUGGCGCGCAAUGCGCGCAAUGUGAUAGCUACAAACUUGUAUCGCAUAGCCCAUGGCUCAGGGACAGGGAUCAUUCCUGUACCAACAGGAGGACCAACAGGAGGACCAACAGGGGGAGCAGCAGUGGUAGUGGCUGGGGGAACAGCUGGAAGAGGAGUGGCUGCAGUAGCAGGUGGAACCGCUGGUAGAGUUGCCGGGGGAGCAGCUGGAAGAAAUGCCGGGGCAGGAGCUGGGAGAGGAACCGUGCCAGGAGCUGGAAGAGGAACCGGAGGAGCAGCCGGAAGAGCACCCUGGGCAGCCUGGGGAGCAGCCAAUGGAUCAGCAGUGGUGCCAGCCGUGGCACCUGCCGGAGGAUCAGCCGAGAGAGCAGUCGCAAGAGCAGCCGCAAGAUCGGCUGCAAAAGCGGCUGCAAGAGCAGCCGCCAGAGCGGCGGCCAGAGCAGCUGCCAGAGCUGGAGCGACAGGAGCCGCAAGAACAACAGGUGGAACAGCAGGAACAGGAGCCGCCACCAGAGCUGGAGGAGGAACAGGAAGACGAUCCGCAGGAGUAGCUGCACCAGCAGCAGCCGCAGCACCACCAGCACCACCAGCAGCAGCAGCAGCAGGUGGAGGAGCAGCAGAAGCAGGUGGAGGAGCUGCAGAAGCAGGUGGAGGAGCUGCAGAAGCUGGAUCAUUAGUAGCAGCAGUAGAAUAUCAGUCUGCCCAAAAUGAUGCUAUGCGUGCUCGUCUUCGUGCUCGCGUACGACGCAUUCGCACACGCCCAUAGGGUCUCAGGAUGCAACAUUCCUUAAAACACAUAGAUAUACAAAAAAGAAAAAAAAAGAAAAACGGGGAAUCCCUUAUUUGUUAAGGAAACUCCCAAGAACAGAAAGCAAACCCAAAACCCUACAGAAAAAAGGGUUCGAAAAAGGCAUCAAAAAUUGAUAAAGAUAAAGGGAUCGGCCAUCAAUAUAAGAAGGACAUUGCCGUGGAAAAUGACGUGCCAAAUUUGUAUAUGUAUUAAUAUGCCCUUGGCGCAUAUUUUCCCUUGUCUUAAUUUUGAAGCAGAAAAGGUAGCCGCUAACACCAUUCCCCGCCUCUCCCAAUUGUUCCCAAUGCCGCUUGGCGCCACAUCCCUUGUCACAUAGCGCAUGAAAAAUUGAAUUACACGCACUUUUGCGCAUAAACGGGAAUAAAAAUAAAGAACAGCAAAAAAACAACGAACAA